ACCUCGUUGAAAGUCCCAUACGAAAGUGUGAUAAGGCUAUCAGAGCAAGUAUUAAGCCUGAAGAACGACUGGCGGUAACACUUCGCUAUUUAGCAACAGGAGAGUCUUUCAAAUCUUUAGAAUUUCAAUUCAGGAUAAGUCGAACUGCUAUUUCAGUUAUAGUAGUAGAAACAUUCUCUCGCCGCUCGAUAUCAGCAAUAAUAAAAUGAACUGCGCAUGUUCCGAAUGUCCUCUUUUCUCUUGUGGCGUGUUUUUUGUCGGACCACAGUAAAUCAUUUCCAUAUUUAUAAAUUAUAAUCCAUCUGUUUCACAAGCAUCCUGGGGAAAAAGUCUCGAGAUCAUGGCCUUUAAGGAAGCACAAACUGUGAGUAACAGAAUAUGAUCAUUUUUUAAUAUAUUUACAUUCAUAAUUAUAUAUUUUUCGGGGAAAAUAUCUAUAAAAUCUAUGUCGUUUGACUGUUAAUAUUGGGUCAAAAUUGUGAGUUUAUAGAUUGUUUUUGGGGAAUAAUACCUUGGUUCGGGGUUCUAUCGUAUAAUAUUGUAUACGAUUGAAAGUACGAGUCAUUGACCGCCUUCUGUUAUCCUUUUAGGGUAACGAAAAUGCGCCAAACGACCCGAUCAAUACGGCGGGCGAUGGUGAAGCCGUUUCUCGUCUAGACAUUGAGAAACUUGUGCCUGAGACAGUGGCGAAAACAUUGCCAGUUGCCUUAUCAAGUGUCCUAGCUGCAGGGGGCUUAAAAUCAUUGGGUCUAAUAACACCUACACGAAGUAUAGAACCUGCAGCCACUGACCAGGUUCAAACACAGCCUGGUCCAUCCCGAGGGAAUCGCUUUUACACCACUGAAUCAAAGGUUGAACUCUCUGAUGAUUUGAGAGAACUAACCACUCAAGCCUUUUCAAAAUCCCUACCGAAGGAAACAUGGCAAGGUCUCCUUGAGAACUAUCCGCUUCUAGAAGGCACUGAAUCAAUAUUACAUGCCCCCACAAUGGAGGCAGGUAUGAAAGAAGAGAUACGCAAGAUGCAUGGGUAUCUUAAAACCAAGGAUGUGUUUGCAUUUGAUGAUGCCUUGGUUGAAAAGCAGGGGGCGUUCUUGCUUACCGCACGAUCAAUCAUAGCAGCACUUACUGCUCUGGAUCACCCAGUGAAGCGGAAGAGGGUCCAGAUCCUGAUCUAGUUAAGGGUAUGCUUGAAGAUGCCCUAGUCCUUCUUGGCAAUGCUAAUGUUCGUCUAAAUUCAUGGCAACAGCGUCGAUUUUCUGAGUACCUAACUGAGGUUGGCAAGCGUACCCUUAUUGAAGAGAUUCCAUCUGAUCAACACCUCUUUCCAGAUCGGUUCAUGACCGUAUCAAAGAUGAGCUUGAUCAACAAACCGCAUGACAAAGCCCUAUCUUCGGCAAGAUUCAUUCCUUCUCCGCAGCCCUUUCGUGGUCGCUCGGGAGCCACUAGCCGGGGUAAUGGCAAUCGAAAACUAAGGUGGAACUAUACCCCCGAGAUAACAAUCCGGGAACCUCAAAACGAUUGCAACCCAGAACUGAGUCAGCAGCAGGCAAAAGCUGGCUAUCCGUUUCCACGAUUAACAAACAUACAAUUGCACACAUUCCCAACUACAGGCAGCCUAAUUCAUUGUUUAGAAAAUUGGAAGAUAAUCACUCAGGAUCCUUGGAUCCUACAAACGGUACAGGGUUACAAAAUACCUCUGAUCCGUUCUCCACACCAAUGGAGAUUGAGAGAGACCAAUCCUCCAUUACGACAGCAGCACCUCAUGGACAAUGCAGUUCAGGAGUUGCUCAACAAAGCAGCAAUCAAGCUGGUCCAACCCGUUCCGGAUCAGUUUGUGUCAACCUUAUUUCUAGUGGAGAAAGAGAACAAUUCUGGCCAGUAUCGUCCCGUCAUAAACCUUCGUGCCCUGAACCAAUUUGUGGAACCCCAGCCAUUCAAAAUGGAGAGUCUCCAAGUUGUGAAAGCCCUGGUCCAACCAGGGGACUACCUCAUGAAAAUGGACCUGGAAGAUACGUAUUAUACUGUCCCCAUCCAUCAGGACCACUGCCGUUAUCUUCGCGUUAUAUUCUAUUACCGCGGAAAUCUGUACGAGUUUCGUUGCCUACCCUUCGGACUCUCGUCUGCCCCUCGGGCAUUUACAAAGAUCUUGAAACCAUCAGGAUUAUAG